CGGCGCGAGGGCAGUGACGCCCUUCCGGCGGAGGCAGCAUGGCGGCCACGGCGGCUGAGGCCGUGAAGGCCCCGCCGCUCCUGGCGCUGGAGCCGCGGCUGCAGCGCGAGUUCCAGCAGAAGGUGCAGCGGUCCCGCAACAAGCGGGCGACCAAGGAGGAGCUGACGCCCGGCGUGGUGUUCGUGGGGCACCUCCCGCGGGGCCUCUGCGAGCCGCAGCUCCGCGAGUACUUCGGGCAGUUCGGGACGGUGACGCGGCUCCGGCUCUCCAGGAGUAAGAAGACUGGAGGCAGCAAGGGCUACGCAUUUAUAGAGUUUGAGUGUGAUGACGUGGCCAAGAUUGUUGCAGACACAAUGAACAACUACCUGUUUUCCGAAAGACUGCUCAAGUGUCAGUUCUUACCUCCUGAAAGGGUCCAUGAGGACCUCUUCAAAGGCUGUGACAAAAUAUUCCGGAAGCCUUCCCAGCCGGCGGUCCGGCGGUACAACAGAAUCCGCUCCCUGGUGGAGAAGGCCAGGAUGACACAGCGCCUGCUGCGGAAGGAGAGGCUCUUACGGAAGAGGCUGGCUGAAAAGGGGCUUGAUUAUGACUUCCCAGGAUUUGCUACGCAGGCCCUUUGCAAAGAGAGGAAAAAAGUUAAAACAUCCAAGAAAUCAAAACUGAACGUUUCUUUGACCAGCCAGGAUCCUACUCCAGUCUGUACUCCUGCAGUGCUCGAGCGCCGGAAAGCUGCUCAGGUGGAUGAUGAUGCAGAGGAUGAUGAAGUAACUCUCCGACUGCCCCCUGCCAGUGUUAAGAACGCUGUGCAGAGGCCAAAGAAGCAGCCAAGGAAAAGACCGAACCUGAAUAUACAGAAAUAGACUUAAAAUUUUAGGGGCUAUAGCCAUGUUUUCCCUCAACUUAAAAACUGUUGAGGUGGACCUUCUAGUGGUUCUGCUGCCCUGGCUCUGUUCAUCCUGACUAGACUGUUUUAGUCUUUCCUAGGCAAGGACUGUUCACAAAUCCUCCCCCUCUGCUGUAGCCAUCAGAAGACCUAUGGCCUUCUCUGCCUUUGAAGAUUUUCUUGACUUUGUGCUCACAAGUGCCCGUGCUGUGACAUGGCUACAGUCGUGCCGGAACCUUCAGUUAAUUUUGUAACUUGACUCUAGCGCUCACUGUUUGGAAAGAAAAUGUGAGGCUGUCCAUUCAGAGCUUGCUGAGGAAAGCAAAUGUAUCUUAGAUUUAUAAUUGAUGACAGGUUAUUAAAAAAAAACCCAUUUUUCAA